UCACAUACGCUCGUUCUCUCACACGCACAAACACACAUACUGUACACUCGCACACAUGCACCCACACUGAUUAGAUAACGACUGGAGAGCAAACAGACGAGGUUUUAAAGCUCAACAAUAAGGCGCGGCGUGGAGCACCUCUGAACCUCGCAGGGGGCUCGCGGAGGCCAUGGAUCAUAUAGGAGCGCACCUCCAGCACACGCACGUGGAACCCAUCAGCUUCGGGAUCGACCAAAUCCUCAACAAUGUGGACCAGAGCUGCAUGCUCGGGGCGAGAAUGCCCGAGCUGGACUACGGACACAGCUGCAUUGGUAGCACUGGCUACAACAACAUGACCAGCAAUUUUGCAUGCAAUAACUCCGGAUAUAAUGGCAAUGCGUGUGGGGUGACAUCUAUUAGCGGCUCCUAUAACAUGAACAUGGGAAUGAACGUAAAUGGUAAUAACGUCAACGCGGCUGGAGUCAUCCGUGUGCCAGCGCACCGGCCGUUGGGAAACGGCCUCUCGUCCAUCCCAAGUGGCAUGCCCACGGUAUCAGGCGCCAUGAACAACCUGACAGGACUGACGUUCCCAUGGAUGGAGAGCAACAGAAGAUACACCAAAGACAGGUUCACAGGUCACCCUUACCAGAACCGGACACCCCCGAAGAAAAAAAAGCCACGGACAUCGUUUACACGUCUGCAGAUCUGCGAGCUGGAGAAGCGCUUUCAUCGACAGAAAUACCUGGCGUCCGCAGAACGGGCGGCUCUUGCCAAGUCCCUCAAGAUGACAGACGCUCAAGUCAAAACAUGGUUCCAGAACAGAAGAACGAAAUGGAGGAGGCAGACAGCAGAGGAGAGGGAAGCGGAGAGACAACAGGCUAACCGGAUUCUCAUGCAACUACAACAGGAGGCCUUUCAGAAAACUAUAAACCAGCCAGUGAACCCAGACCCUCUCUGUCUCCACAACAGCUCACUUUUUGCGCUUCAGAAUCUCCAGCCGUGGACUGAGAACACUGCAAAAAUGAGUAGUGUUUCUACCUGCGAGUAGGGGGGAAAACGACUUCCUUUAUUAUUGAAGUCAUCGAUAAAUGUAAAAUAAUUCAGGACCACAGACACUGAAAAAGUAUAGGCCUUUUGUGACUGACAAAGACCAGCAUGACGGGAGUUAUAUACAUUGCCACAUAAAUUGUCUCGAUAAAACACUCAUGUCAGUGACCGUUUCUUCUUUGUAACGAGUCAUUUUUUAAACAAACAUCCUAUAUGAUCGAGUAUUCAUUUGUCAGUGCAGUUUCUUUCUCUUUUUUUUUGUUGCUUUUUUUUGCUUCAAACCAUUGGCUAUCACCAAUUUUGUAAUCAUUUGAUUUUUUUGUUGUUUUCAUUGGUCUUGAAAAGAGCACUGAGCACUUCAGUUAGCACCUUUGAAGCAACAUUCUGCUUGUUAUUCAUUAUAGGCUAAUGAUUACAGUUUUUUGGGAGAUGCUUGGAGACAUC